CGCGGCGCCGCGCCGGCUCACGGUAACACUGCACAGUGGUCAAAGCGCCUGCCUACCGCGCUCAGCUCUCAGCAUGGACGCCAGGGCGGGACUCGAGUGCACGGUGGAAGCCGGAGCUGCCAGCACCGAAGCACAGUGCGCGCUGGACGAGAGGACAGCCGUCGCAAUGGACGUAUCUCAGUGUACAGUGGCUGGGACAGUCAUCCCACCGGACUCUACCGCGAGAGUGAUAGAUGGAGCUGUCAUUACGGACCCUAGCACAGGGAUGCUGCUACCACUGUCCACGACUCGCACGCUGUCGUAUCUCCCCGAACGGCCGCCGGUGGACAUCGAGUUCCAGGACCUCUCCUACUCCGUCCCCAUCAGCAGAAAAGGGAACAAGAAGAUCCUUCGGUCAGUGAGCGGCCUGUUCCGAUCUGGGCAGCUGACUGGCAUCUUGGGGCCGUCGGGCGCCGGCAAGAGCACACUGCUCAACAUCCUGGCGGGCUACAGGUGUUCUGAAGUGACGGGAUCCAUCCUGACGAAUGGGUCCCCACGCAACCUGCGCCAGUUCCGCAAGAUGUCGCGCUACAUCAUGCAGGAGGACCUAGUGCAGCCGCACCUCACUGUGCUGGAGGCCAUGCUCAUCGCUGCUGACCUGAAGCUGGGCAACCACCUCACCAGGAGCCAGAAGCGCACAGCCGUUGAGGAGAUCCUUGAUAUGCUUCGUCUCAGUGGAGCAAAGGCUACACAGACACUACGACUGUCUGGUGGGGAGAAGAAGAGACUGUCAAUAGCACUGGAACUCAUUAACAACCCACCAGUUAUAUUCCUGGAUGAACCUACAACAGGACUUGAUGACUUGUCCAGCUCUCAGUGCAUUCUUCUUCUAAAGAUGCUUGCCCAGGGAGGACGUACUGUGAUCUGCUCAGUGCACACACCAAGUGCACGUCUUUUUGAACUUUUUGAUCAUGUGUAUGUAGUAGCACAAGGCCAGUGUGUUUACCAGGGAGCUGGAUUUGACAUUGUUCCAUUUAUGGCAUCAGUUGGACUUAACUGCCCAAUACAUUAUAAUCCAUCAGAUUUUGUUAUUGAGGUAUCAAGUGGAGAAUAUGGAGAACAACAUAUUGAUAAAAUGGUAGCUGCUAUUGACAAUGGCCGUUGUUAUAAAUGGAAAAAAUUAGAAAAUGGGACCCAGACUGUAAACAACAAUGAUACAGAACAUUCAUCUACAACACCUCUGCAAACUUCAAAGAAUCAGUACAGUUUUGCAAGUUCCGGUUGGGCACAGUUUCGCAUCUUAACAUACAGGAUGUUGCUGCAGACAUGGAGAAAUUCUACUUACCUGAAAAUAAAGAUUGUGAUGUACCUGUUUGUUGCUGCAAUUAUUAGUGGGCUCUUUUACAAUUUUGGUAAAGAUGGUUCUAAGACGAUAUUCAACUUUGGAUUUUGCUACACAUGCAUUAUUGUUUUUCUGUACAUACCAAUGAUGCCUGUACUAUUAGACUUUCCAGGGGAAGUUCAGUUGUUGAAACGUGAAUACUUCAAUCGUUGGUAUGGGCUUAAUGCGUACUUCUUUGCAUUAACUGUAUCAAAAAUACCACUUCAGGUGGCCCUCGGACUAACAUACGUAUGGCUGGUAUAUGUACUGACUGACCAGCCACUGGAAGUUCACCGGUGUGCAAUAUUCAUCAUCAUUUGUCUUCUGAUUGGAUUUGUCUCAGAGAGCUUUGGUCUUCUUGUUUCCUCAACUCUUAGCAUAGUGAAUGGCAUGUUUGUUGCCCCUUCAAUGUCAGUUCCUUUCAUGCUGUUAGCAGUCCAUGGUCUUGGAACACCUAAUGCACACGUACCAUUCUUCAUGAAGAUUGCAAUGUACUUUAGUUACCUGAGGUAUGGUUUGGAGGGAUUGACACUGGCAAUCUACGGCUUUGGACGGAAAAGACUGCACUGUCCAGAUCAUAAAACAUAUUGUGAACUAAGUGACCCAAGGGAACUACUACGUCAAACUGGAAUGGAGAAUGCAAAUAUCUGGGUUGAUAUUGCUGGUCUGGUUGCAUUUAUCAUCAUCUUCAGGACUGCAUGCUAUUUUCUGUUGCGGUGGAGGCUUUCUUCCUACAAAUCAUUUGCUGCACUCAGGCUAGUGAAACGAUUUGUGAAAACACACAUUAAUUUCCAAUACAGGUGAACUUUUUAUUGAGAAUAUUGUGAUAACUAUGGCACUCUUUGUUAGUGAAACAGAAAGAGGUCCAUUUUUAAUGGCACACUAUUCUGGCACUCACAAUAAGGAAGAGAUGAGAUUUGUACUGUAGUUUAAAGAAUAUGCAGAAGUCAUAUAUAUUAAAAAAUCAUUAAUAAUGAACACAGAUCAGAUAAAUCAAUUAUGACUUCUUUUACAUCUUUGAAAUCUUUUGUUAAAAAAAGAAAAGAAAUAGAAUAUUGAGCAGAUGAAAGUAAUCUCUUUGAGGUAUGUAAAUGUAUCCCUACAUUUCAUGUUUAGCAUAUCACAAAUAAAGUUUCAAAUUAUUUCUGCAGGGACGGAUAGCUGAUGAGACAAUGAACUAAAAGUGUGGUAUGGAUGCAUUUACACAAUGCAUCUUGAACAAUAAUAGUUAUAAUUACAUUGCUCUCAAGACUCUUGUUAUUUCACCAAAGAUAAAAUGGUUUGUUGUUCUUCCUCUAAUGUAUAUAAUUUACACUUAUGAGAAAAUGAAAUACAUGCAGCAUGUACAUCUUUUA